AUGGCUGCAGUUCGUCCCAGGAACGCGAGAAUACCGUUCGAGAUACAUCACGACGAGCUGGACGCGGAUGAGGUUAUUAAUGAAGAGGAUCAUGGGUCGGACGAGUCACGAGGCGAAACACAGGACGGGGAUGGAGACGGAGAUUCCGAGUGCUCCGACGAGAGCGAUGCACAUGUCGACCCUUCGGUGCAAGAAGAUAUGGACAAGUUCCAAAAUACAUUUAAGGGUAUAAAAGAACGAUUUCGUCUGAUCAAUCGGAUUGGAGAAGGGACCUUCUCUACUGUAUAUAAAGCGGAGGACUUGUUAUACGACCAUUUUGAAAACGAUUGGGACCCCGAUAAGGAAAACCCCAACCUCAAUUGGUGUUCACCACCAGUCAAGAGACGGAAGACAAAUCACCCAUACGAGGACGAGGAUGACCACCGACAACGGAGACAGGAGGGGCCGCCGAAGAAAUAUGUGGCCAUCAAAAAGAUAUAUGCUACGAGUAGUCCAAUGCGGAUUCUAAAUGAGCUGGAGCUGCUCCACGAUCUGCAAAACUGCAAUUCCGUGUGCCCCCUCAUUACAGCAUUCCGGAAUACAGACCAAGUUAUUGCAAUUCUUCCAUACUUCAGACAUACGGAUUUCCGCGACUAUUUCAGAGAGUUCACCACAUCACAGGUGAGGGUAUAUUUCCGGUCUUUAUUCACGGCUCUUGAAGCAGUACACGAAAGGCGGAUCAUCCAUCGAGAUAUCAAGCCCACGAACUUCUUAUACGAUUCGGCUAAAGAACGCGGGGUCCUGGUUGAUUUCGGACUGGCUGAGAAAGAGGGAACAGAAUGCAAACCAUGUCUUUGUCAGAAGGACUCGGAGAGACGACGUGCCCGGAUCUCCAACAGCGUGGCUGCUACUAUGGGCCCUUCAAACGGCUAUCCAAAGAACGACUCCCGCCCUUCUCGACGCGCGAAUCGAGCUGGCACUCGUGGAUUCCGGGCGCCUGAGGUGCUAUUCAAAUGCACGAACCAGACAACCAAGCUCGAUAUUUGGUCAGCGGGGGUAAUCCUAUUGACCUUCCUAUCAAGGCGUUUCCCUUUCUUCAACUCGGCCGAUGAUGUCGAGGCAAUGAUUGAGAUUGCCACUAUUUUUGGCGUCCAAAGGAUGAAGUCUUGUGCAUACCUUCAUGGUACUGUCUUUGAGACAAACAUUCCCACUAUUGGAAAGACAGGCUUUACACUGGAAAAGAUUAUUAUGUGGUCGAAAGCUGUGAAUAGCUUGUCUGGUGAAGAAAAGCUGGCUGUGGCAUUCCUAGAACGUUGCUUCGAACUUGAUCCAAAUAAGCGUAUUAGUGCUAAAGAGGCACUCGAGCACGAUUUCCUGAGAGUGGAUGAUGAGGAGGAGGAUGAGAUGGAGAUUAUUAACACUCCAGAAUGA